GUUAAGGUGUAAGGGAUGGUUAACAGUGUAUUUACAAAUGUAAUUACAGAAGUUAAUUACAGAUAUAAUUAAAUGCAGGUGUUUAUUCAAGCAUAAGUACAUAGUAAAUAGAUGCAUUUACACAAUAAUAACAUUGUAAAAAACUAUUAAUUCCUGUGCAAGUACAUAUUAGUUAAGGCCACUUAUAACGUGGGACCCAAAUAUUUGACGUCCUCUGGUCUGAUAGAACUAAGAUUCUGAAGCAACAUCAAGACAUCAGCCGAGAAAUUAAAACUUGACCACAAAUGGGUCUUCCAAACAGACCAUGACCCUAUUCAUACUGCCAGAUUACUUCAAAUGUGCUUUAAGGACAACAGAGUGAAUGUUUUGGAGCGGCCAUCACAAAACCCUGAUCUCAAUCCUAUAGAAAAUUUGUGAGCAGAGUUGAAAAAGCUUCUGACUCAGUCAUACCAAUUCUGUCAGGAGUAAUGGGCCAAAAUUCCUUCAAACUAGUAUGAGAAGCUUGAGGUAAGAUACCCAAAACAUUUGACCAUAGUUAUACAGUUUAAAAGCUAGACAAAAACAUACCAAGGAAAUAUGUGUAAACUUUUCAUUGUCUAAAAAUUAAUUUAAAAAAAUUCUGGAAAAAAAAAAAAAAAAAAAAUUCUCAUUUUUCUGGCAUUUAGCAAAUAUAAAUAAUUUAGGUAAUCCUAACGGACCUGAAAUAGUAAACGUUUAGCAUGAUUUACCAUCAGACAUUUUUUUUUAAAUGGUUGUUCAUUUUUUAGAGUAUACCUGUAUGUAAACUUCUGCUUUCAACUGUAUAUAUAAAGGAUUUUAAUGCACUUCGCAACUGCACACUGCUUAGUGUCGUUGGGGUCCUUCGCCUCCACAUUGUGCAUUAAUAUCCUUUACGCUUGGCAAUAAUCCCUUCACAUAAUAUAUCUUAUAUAAUGCUGUAGAAUGUUUUUAAGUUGCAGUCUGAAUCUACAUUAUAAAACCUGUAAUAAUAUAAUACUAAUAAUAAUAAUAAUAAUAAUAAUAUUUUCUUUUAGUUAGUUUUCUUCAGUUUCUUUAGAUAGUUUCUACUCAAACUAUCGCUAUAUUGAGUGCUUAUUUCAGUUAAUUUCAACAGUUCUAUUGCAAGAACUAAAUCAAACUGACUUUCUCUCAUGUCUCGUGAGAUUGGCUGUUUACUGCACGUGUCACACUUUUCAUGUUAAUCACUAACCCCUAGUUAGUUUUAAAUGUUGCUUAAGCACCAAAUAAUAAGAAUAUGUUUAAUACUUUGUAUACAAUAUUGCAGAUUGCUGAACCAAUUCUAAAAAAGAAUGAACAAAAAGAAAGAAAGCUUUUGUAUUGGUGAAGACUUCCUUUUUCAAUCUUGAUUUUACUUUGACACACGAAGAGGAAGUUUGCUUUGAUAUACAUUUUGUCAGUCUUUCCCUUAUAUGAGAACAUUAAACUUGUGCCAAGACACAAGUUUUCUUACAUACUCUAUACAAUAAUAAAUGUAUAAAUAUACAGGAUAUAAAUAGGUUGGCUAGCAUAUUUGCAUAUCUGCAUAUUGCAUUAUUUAAGGAAAUAAAGUGAUUGAGAAAGACUUUAAGAUGUUGCCUUCCUGGUGUUGUUAUGAUUCAGACAGAGGAAGCUGAGACAACUUCUGAACUGUUGUUUCCCCCAAACUCUAUCUUGUUUCACACUUUAAGUGAGAUAGAAUCAGCAUACUAGCAGUUUUUCUAGUCUGAAACAGCUCUUACCGUUGAACAGCCAUGACGCCCAACACCAGUUUACAUCAUUGUGGUACAUCCAGUCAGGAACUGGUGGCAUCCGUCCUUCCUCCUGUCCUCAUCAUUGAGCUGUUACUCGGUCUGCCUGGCAAUGUCUUGGCACUGUCAGUCUUCAGCAAAAACUUCAGGUCUUGGAGGGCCAAUGUCACAUUUCUCUUCAACCUGGUUUUGUCUGAUUUCAUGCUUCUUGUGAGUCUGCCAUUCCGUAUUGACAACUUACUCCGUGGUGAGAAGUGGAUAUUUGGAGAUGCUUGGUGUCGGAUCAACCUCUUCAUGCUGUCAGUCAAUCGUUCGGCCAGCAUUGCCUUCAUGACUGCUGUGGCUUUGGAUCGCUACUUUAAAGUGGUCCACCCACAUCACAGAAUCAACCAUGCUAGCACAAAAAAAGUAGCUGGUGUUGCCUGCCUCAUCUGGGCUGUUGUGAUAUCUCUGAAGAUUCCUUUGCUGACCAACACCCUUCUGACUGUGGAGAAAAAUGUUUCGCUUUGUAGAAGCUUCAGCAACUAUGAAAAGCCAUCACUACGCAUCCAACUUCAUUAUGCUCUGUUUGUCUUGGAGUUUUUUGUGCCUCUGUUACUGCUGGUCUUUUGCUCUGUGAGAAUUGCAUGUGUUCUAUGUUCUCGCCAAAUUGACAAGGACAAAAGAGGGCAAAGGGCAAUUCGAACCGUCUUGGUGAUAGUUGUUGUUUUUGUUCUCUGUUUUUUUCCUAGCAUCGGAACAGGACUGUUGGCACUUUAUUUAAAAAAUCUGGGGAGUGAGUACUGUAAGGCUUACAAUAUUAACGGUCAGUUGUUCUCUAUUUCUAUAGCUUUCACCUACUUAAACAGCGCACUGGACCCGGUUAUCUACGGCUUCUCCAGCUCUGUCUUUCGCAAUUAUUUGAAACGAGCUAUAAACCGGACUGGAAUGAUGCAGCUACAGAUGAGCAGACGGGGCAGUAUGCCCAGUGGUAGUGACUGAAAAUGACUUAAUGCUUUUUGAAUAAUGACUUUUCACUUUUAUUUUGUUUGUCAAAUCACACACACAUAUAUACAAUUGAAGUCAGAAUUAUUAGCCUUGAAA